AUCAUUUCUUUGUGAAGAACUUCCGCAUUUCGCCAUUAAACCCUUCCUUUCCCCCUUUAUAACACGUACACUUGCCCUUUGUGCUUUAGUCUCCCCUGAUAUAAUUUGCAGUAGACGGCUCUUGCUGUGAUUUUUUUUUUUUAGUUGUCCUGAGUAUCAAGAAUUUCAUCCCCCACUAAACAUCUCAUAUAGGCAAGCCAUUCUCCAAUAUGAGUGAUUUGAUAGAUGCAACACCCAUUGAUGCUCAGUCAGAGACUGAAUUUUUUAAGGUGACAGAUAACCAGGAUGGCACAGAGCGUCGCAUUGCAUACAAGAAGUCCUCAGGGCAAAAUAGUCCAGGCAUUCUUUUUAUUGCUGGCUUUAUGUCCUGUAAAGAUGCCAAUAAACCCACUGCUCUUCAUAGCUUUUGUCAGAAACAAGGAAUUCCUUUUGUAAG